AUGCCAGCUCAAUCGCCUAUGCCCGACAUCUCUAUCCCCCAAGCGAGACGCAUCGUGGUAGAUACCACAGGGGCACAGAUCGUCCAGGAAGAAUCGCCAGCAACCAGAGACUCUCGGGGGAUCUACCUGCCACAUUAUACGGAGCCCGUGUCGCAUAUUGCUAUCGACAUCGGUGGAUCGCUCGCCAAAGUCGUCUACUUUACCCGUUCGAAUCAGCCCCUCUCAACCUCUCCGCCCUCAUCCGGCACAACCUCCCCAUUCCUUCCCCCUUCUCAAUUCGUGGCCCAGCCGGCUCCAUUGGUCAAUGGGGAAGGCUCCAGCCACUCCCCAACCGACUCUCCUGCUCUCAAUCCCCAUACACAUGCCCCCUUCGAUCCAUCGCCGCCCGAGCAGCGACGACCCACUCUAAACGGUGCUCUGACGCCUGCUACGCUCGCAGAAAAUGACGGCAAAAUCGCUCUACCGAAAAGCAAGCGCAAGGCUCGCAAAGCACACGAGCGCCACUCCUCCACGGCGCCCCUCCCCGGCGGUCUCUUGAACUUUGCCAGGUUCGAGACCGAAAACAUUGAAGAGCUCAUCACUUUUCUGCAAGAGCUGAUAUCGUCUUCGGCAACUGCCAACAGGGUAUCGCUGGAAAAGAUGAAGCAGAAUGUAAAGGUCAUGGCGACAGGAGGAGGAGCGCACAUGUACCAUGAUGUGCUCACAGAGCAGCUGGGGGUGGAAGUGCAUCGGGAAGAAGAGAUGGAGUGUCUGAUCCGAGGGCUGGGCUUUGUGACUAGAGUUCCGGAAGAAGUGUUCUGGUUCUCCGAGGAACUCGUAUACAAAGUCUCCCACCUCAGCACCAACGCCGACAACGAAGUCGAAACCACCGAAUCCCUCACUAUCCCUCCAUCUGAACUUCCCAGACCAUCACCCACACCACCAGCGUACCAAGUCACUUUCGCGCCCACGCCGGCAGAGGAUGACCCUAUGCCUCACUUCCCGUGUCUGAUGGUGAACAUUGGAAGUGGAGUGAGUAUAGUCAAGGUGGAUGAGGAUGGGAAACAUGAGCGAGUCAGCGGAACGUCCCUGGGUGGAGGCACGCUGUGGGGCCUGCUGAGUCUUUUGACGGACGCAGACAGCUUUGACGGCAAGUCUCAUUCUAUGCUGUUUCCCAAAUGA